CCAGGAAGUAGUUUUGGACCGUCAAGCUAACUAGCUGCGGUUAGCACAGUCGAGUGAAAGUUUGUCUCAGUUAGAAUAAUGAGUCCAGUUACCGUCCAUGUGUAUUAAACACGUGUCAGGUAACGUCGUGGUUUGCAGGCAGUUCUGUUGCUGGUAGGAGAGUAGUAAAAACUGUGUGCCAUGGAGAUUAUUUUCUUACCACGCUUUGAUAGACCAUGAUACGCUCGUCAAGUUAUGCAGGGGUUAUGGAAAGUCUAAUGAAUUCUGCUGAAGAGCAGCAACCCUCCUCUCCCCUGGCCAACUCAUGGUCCAAACCACAGGAAUCAAGCAAGAAUCAAAUGCCAAAAUGUAUUGGUGGAUUUGUUUUAGUGCAUGCAGGAGCAGGAUACCAUUCUGAAUCCAAGGCCAAGGAGUACAAGCAUGUGUGCAAAAGAGCCUGCCAGCGAGCUGUGGACCGACUCAAAGCCGGGGCUCUUGCAGUGGAAGCAGUGGCCGCAGCACUGGUUGAACUUGAGGACUCUCCUUUUACAAACGCGGGCAUGGGCUCCAACCUUAAUUUGUCAGGAGAAAUUGAAUGUGAUGCAAGUAUCAUGGAUGGGAAGUCUCUGCAUUAUGGCGCCGUUGGGGCUAUUAGUGGUAUUAAGAACCCAGUCUUGGUUGCAAACCGCCUACUGAGUGAAGCACAGAAAGGGAAGCUAUCAGCUGGCAGAAUACCACCCUGCUUUUUAGUGGGGCGAGGAGCACAUGAUUGGGCAGUCAGUCAUGGAAUAUCACCAUGCCCUUCAGAGAAAAUGGCCACCAAGUUCAGUUUAUCUGCGUACAAGAGGAACAAGCGAAAGAUGGAGCUGGCAGAAAAAAUGGACACAGGACCUAAUCAGGCAAAGAAAAGACGACAGUCAAGUGAAAAUGAAAAUGUGUCGGGGUGCCUCGACACAGUGGGAGCCAUUGUGGUAGACCUGGAAGGGAAUGUAGCUGCAGCGGUGUCCAGUGGAGGCCUGGCAAUGAAGCAUCCCGGCAGGGUCGGCCAGGCUGCUCAUUAUGGAUGUGGCUGCUGGGCUGAAAAUGCCUUUAAUAUGAACCCUUACUCUACAGCAGUGAGUACUUCAGGCUGUGGAGAGCAUCUGAUUCGCACCAUGCUGGCACGGGAAUGCUCCGCUGCCAUGCAGUCUGAAGAUGCCCACCAAGCACUUCUGCAGACUAUGCAAAACAAGUUCAUCAGCUCACCCUUUCUGGCCAGUGAAGAUCGUGUUUUGGGUGGAGUAAUUGUCUUGCGCUGCUGCAGAUGUGCGGAACCUCCGCCGUCUCCAAAGAUUCAGGGUAUACUGGUGGAGUUCCUAUGGAGUCACACCACAGAGAGCAUGUGUGUUGGCUACAUGUCUGCCCAAGAUAGCAAAGCAAAGACACACAUAUCCAGAUUGCCACCAGGGACCGUUCCCGGACAGUGCUUGGCCAUCGAAGGCGGUGUGUGUCGAUUGAUGAGCGUGGCAGAGUGAGUCUCAUUGGACCUCCUUCUGGGCUUCUUCAGCAAUACUCCAACGCAAACCCUUCCACCCCCACGUGCGCACACACACACACACUCCCCUCACCUUUGUGAUACCAGAAGUAAUACGCUUAGCUGUUUUAACAGGUGCCCAGGAAGGAGGGAGGGGUGUUAGCUUCUACUUAGUGCACUUAAAGGACUUCCCUUUGCCACUGUCUGCCUCCAGCAUGUACUCUAUACAGCUUACCCCCAAGUUCUCAAGUGUCACCUGGGUUAGACUUGAUGCACCAUUGCCUUGAUGCAUUUUUUCUUUCUUACUCUCUUUCCUUUUGUAUAUAAGCUAUGAUUUAGGAAAACAGGGUGGUUGUUCAUGUUGUUUUGUAACGCUGAACAGAUGUGACUAUUUUCAAGCAUUAGGAAUUUAAAAUGUAAGCCCUUAUUUUGUUCUUAAAAUACUUUUCAAGUAUAAAAAGAUGUCCGAUUGCACCUUGUGGAAUGUCUGCUACUCAAGAUGGAAGCAAUUUACUCGCACACACAUAUUGUUAUUAAUCCUCCAGCCUAGUGUAUAAUGUAGCAUAAUGUCUUGGAUCAUGAUGAAUUGUAUAACCAUUUCAGCCAUAAUGCUUUGCUUUGAUUGUUUUAUUAUUGCAUGAGCAAAAUCUACAGUAAGUCACUCUGCGUUCUCUUACAGGCAUAAAGUUGUUCAAGAAGCAGGAAGCUAUGCACUUUCAGAGUGAUGCUGAUACAUAAACAUAUAUAAAUAUAUAUGUAUAAUAAAUAUAUAUAUAUUUAUUAUAUAUAUAUGUAUUAUAUAUAUAUAUAAAUAUAUAUAUGUGUGUGUGUGUGU